AUGGGAAGAUGCCUCUCUUUUCUACUCCUCCUGGGCGUCGCGCUUAAGCUCGCCGGCCCGGCCAACGGCGACAUGUCGGCGGCGUUCGCCGGUACAGGGGCGGCGUACAGCAUCGACGGCGCGGUGCGGCAGCUGAUGUCGCCGCCGUUGAUGAAGCUGGAGGACGGCGUGGACCCUGAGCUCAGUAUCGACCUGGAGGUGCACCGCCGCGUCCUCGCCGGCAUCAGCCCCGGUGCCCUGAGCCGCAACAGGCCCGCCUGCCCCGGCGCGUGCCCGGCUCCCGGAGGAUCGUACACCAACCGGGGAUGCCAGAAGAAGUACCAGUGCCGUGGCUGA